AGCCAAUGAGAGUUGCUCGGCUUUGCAGCUGGUUCGAGCGGCCGGCCCGCCUCUUUGCUGUAGCUGGUUUCAACGCUGCCGAGACCGGGUCUCAUUGCGGAGAUCGUCCGUACCUCUGGUGCACUGUUACGCUUUAAUUUUUUUUUGGUUGCUUUAAUUACAGAGGAGACGGCGAAAACCAGUCGUGGGCAUCAGAUUGCGACUCAGGGCAGAACCUUCUUGGCAUUGCAGUUUGCAAAUCUGCAACGUGCAAGGAGAGGUGGGCAGAAGGCUGAGUCGGUGGUCGUUGUGAUGUUGCUGCCGCUGCUGGAGGCAGGCUCGUCCAUCCUGGGAAAUGCCGUGGAAAAGGUGGUGGAAGGCAGCCUGACGUCCACGGUGCUGGUUACUUCAGCUUUUAUCUUAAGUCUAGCAUACUUCUCCAAAAUGACCUUAAAAUAUUAUCAAAAUCCGGGCACGAAGUACCCACCAUAUAUUCAUUCUAGCAUUCCAUUCCUUGGACAUGCAAUUGCUUUUGGAAGAAAUCCGAUUGAGUUUUUAGAAAAUGCAUACUCUAAAUAUGGUCCUGUGUUUAGCUUUACGAUGGUUGGGAAGACGUUUACAUAUUUGCUGGGAAGCGACUCUGCCGCUUUGCUCUUCAACAGUAAAAAUGAGGACUUAAAUGCUGAGGAUGUUUACUCCAAGCUUACAACACCAGUUUUUGGCAAAGGAGUUGCAUAUGAUAUUCCAAACCCAAUAUUUCUGGAACAAAAGAAGAUGCUCAAAACUGGUCUGAACAUUGCACAAUUUAAGCAGCAUAUCCCUUUGAUUGAAGAGGAAACUAUUGAGUAUUUUAAACGUUGGGGUGACAGUGGAGUCAAAAAUUUGUUUGAGGCCCUCUCAGAGCUGAUCAUUUUAACAGCUAGCCGUUGUUUACAUGGAAAAGAAAUUCGAAACCUGCUCGAUGAAAAAGUUGCUCAGCUCUAUGCUGACCUUGAUGGUGGAUUUACCCAUGCUGCAUGGCUUCUUCCUACUUGGUUACCUCUUCCCAGUUUCAGGCGACGGGAUAAAGCACACAGGAAGAUCAAGAAUAUUUUCUAUGAUGUAAUUAAGAAACGGAGGAAGUCGAGUGCCAGGGAAGAUGACAUACUGCAGACCUUACUGGAUGCUACCUACAAGGAUGGAACUCCUCUGACUGAUGAUGAAAUUGCAGGCAUGCUUAUUGGGCUGCUGUUGGCAGGGCAGCACACUUCCUCUACUACCAGUUCCUGGAUGGGAUUCUUCUUGGCUAAAGAUAAAGAACUGCAGGAGCGUUGCUAUGCAGAGCAGAAAGCUGUGGCUGGGGAGGACCUGCCACUGCUCACCUACGAUCAGCUGAGGGACAUGACUUUGUUGGACCGCUGCUUAAAGGAAACCCUCAGGCUCCGUCCUCCAAUAAUGACAAUGAUGAGGAUGGCCAGAACUCCACAGACUGUUGCGGGCUACACCAUUCCUCCUGGCCACCAAGUGUGCGUCUCUCCUACCAUCAACCACAGACUUAAAGACACUUGGGUUGAAAGAUUCGAUUUCAACCCAGAUCGCUAUCUUAAAGAUAACCCGGCUGCCCAGCAAAAGUUUGCAUUUGUACCUUUUGGUGCAGGUCGUCAUCGUUGUAUUGGGGAAAAUUUUGCAUAUGUACAGAUCAAGACAAUCUGGUCUACUUUAAUCCGUUUGUAUGAAUUUGAUCUUGUUGAUGGAUACUUUCCAGUAGUGAACUACACAACCAUGAUCCAUACCCCUACUAACCCAGUUAUCAGCUAUAAGAGGCGAAUGAAAUGAGAAAUGGACUAAUAAAAGUUAAUCUUGCUGUUCUUCAGUGACUUGUUUAUGCCAUCAAAUGAUUUCACUGGUCUAUUGUAUGAAAUUUCAUUCAACUAAUUUAGUACUGAUUUUAUAAUUACUGUUAAUUUAUUUUUAAAUUGAAGAUGCUAGUAAUUGGGAUCAGAUGGUGGUCUGGUGUCUCUGCUCGUGAACUGCAGUUGGAUCCCCAAAACAACAAAUGGGUUGAGUCUCUUACCUGAGCACUCAAAGGCAACAGCUGAUUGAAUCUUGUAUUACUUCCAUCCACUGAUAAUUCAAUACUUAUUUUAAAUGUUAUUAGAGAAAUGUAGAGAACAUAUGUUGCAUUUUUUUGAUGGGUAUUUGUAUGAAAAUUAGGGAGUGAAGUUUGCUUUUAAAUUGUGGUAUAGCUUACAGUUUGUAGAAAAUGUGUACUUUAGCUUGGGAGAGAUAAUUAUGGUUAUGACUUUGUAGCUACUCAAAAUGGGAUUGCUUGAGGCUUUGAGCUUUAAAACUGUUUUCUCAUUUAAGUUCAAAACAUGCCCAUUUUUGUGAAUGUAAUUGUUUGUAAUAUGUACAGAAGAUCAUGUUAUAUUGUUUUGUUGUAUUAUUUUAAAACUGAUUAUAUAGCACCAAGAUCGAUCAUUUGUCUCAGCAAGUUAAUGGCAUUGUUUAUACUCCAUCCCUCAGCUAGCCUCAAAUGAAGAAUAGUCAUUUUGAAAACUCAUGAGCAACAGCAUGCCCAGUUGGUGUGGUUAUUGGAAAUCAGUCUUUUAAUGCGUUGGUUUGAAUCUUAAGAAGUAAAAACAAAAGUACAAAGCAUAACAUGGUUAAUCACUGAAGUCUUCAAUUGUAGUAAAUUCAUGAAAGCAUGUCACUUAUUUAGUGUUCGUAUUUUAUAAUAGGUUAAAACAAUCUAUUGCAUUUUACCUACAUUCUCCCCAAAUCAGAAAACAUGGGCAGGGUAGCAGGAAGGCAGAUCUAUAAAUCUGUUAAAAACAACCACAGAUUCGACAAUUCAAGAAGCGACUAUGGGCUGAUCCCCAAGGAGGAGUGUUGAGAUUCUAGGACCCUGUGUUCUAAGUACAAGAAAGCCU